AUGUCAAACUUUGUUGACCUUCUUCAAAGUCAGCAACACACUGUCUUUGGUUAUUACCAAGACAGUGCCCUCGACUCUUCCUCACAAGUCCCUCUGUUUUUCACUCAACCCACGGAAGCUUCAAUCCCAAGUCAAGACACUCCUGUAGAGCGUAUUCAAAGGAGGAAAUGGACGCCUAUUGAUGAUGUUGUCCUCAUCAGCGCCUGGUUAAACACAAGUAAAGACCCUGUAGUUGGGAAUGAGCAAAGAGCUGGUGAUUUCUGGAAAAGAAUAGCUGCCUACUUUGCUGCAAGUCCCAAGGUGGCAGCUUGUGAACAGAGAGAGUCUACUCAUUGUAAGCAGAGAGGGCAGGAGAUAAACGACCUUGUCAACAAGUUUUGUGGGGCGUAUGAAGCUGCAAGUAGAGCGAAGAGUAGCGGUCAAAAUGAGAAUGAUGUUCUCAAGGUUGCUCACGAAAUCUUCUACAACAACCACAAAAAAAAAUUCAUCCUCGAACAUGCUUGGAAGGAGCUGCGUAAUGACCAGAAAUGGUGCGAGCUUUCUACUAGUAAAACCGAAGGUAGUGCUAAAAGGAGGAAGUGUGAUGACAGUGCACAAUCUUCAACCUCUCACGCAACCGAAACCACCACUGGUGAAAACGAGGAAGGAAUCAUUCGUCCACCGGGUGUUAAGGCUUCAAAGGGCCAUGGUAAGAAGAAGCUGGCAUCAGACGGGAAGGACGGGAAGGGGCUAUCUGAGUAUCAAGGUAUGUGGAACAUUAGGAUGCAGGAUUUGGCUAUGAAGGAGAAGUUAUCAAAGAUGAAGCUACUUCAGUCAUUACUUGCAAAGACUGAACCGCUAGCUGAGUAUGAAGAGGCUCUGAAGAAGAGGCUGAUUACUGAGUUGCUCUAA